GCCCCCAUUGCCCUCUCCCACACCCCCCGCUCUCUCACUCCUCUCGUCAUCCUCGUCUUCUUCUCGCCCGGUGACACCCGCUCCCUCUCAUUCACCAGCUAGCUUGAGCUUGCUUGCUCUUCUCUGCUGCAAGCCGCUGAUCGGUUCUCUCCGGGAGGGAAGCGUCGGGAUUUGGCUGUUCUGUCAGGCUGGCUCUUGAAAUGUUCAGAUCGAAGGUCCAGGAGAUGAUCCUUAGGAGGAGGUCCAGGUCCAUGAACGGCGCCGGCUGCGGGCAGCACGCCGGAGGCAACCUGUCCACGGCCCCCUGCGACGGUGGAGGCGGCAAGGGUGCUGCUGUUCGUGCGCCGUCGUUCGCGGCGCCGAGGCUGCUGCACUCGUCGUCGCUCCCGGCCGGCGGCCGCGCCGCGGUCGUCAUCGGGAGCCCCGCGCGGGAUCCGGAGACGAUGUCCGCCUACGCCAUGAGCCCGACCUCCGUGCUUGACGCGUCGGUGGCCUUCGGUUCGCCCGGCCCGGCGGUGGACGCCGGGGGGAGCAAGCGCCGGCCGUGGUGCGACGGGUGCGCGGGGCCGCACGGGCUCGCCGACGUGCUGGACUGCGCCCACGAGGCGCAGCGGAGGAAGAACGUUCUCCGGGGCGCCGUGAGGGCGCAGGCGCCGGCCCUGGUGCGGUCGUCCUCCCUGGACCGGCGCGUGGAAUUCGGCGUCAAGAACAAGAGCUCGUGGCUGCCGCUGCGCUCCGCCCGCGCGGGGGCGGCUGAGGCCGAGGAGGACGGGCCGUCGUCCGAGGACUACACCUGCGUCAUCUCCCGCGGGCCCAACCCGAGGACCGUGCACAUCUUCGGCGACCGCGUCGUGGAGGGCGACCGCGUGGCAGAGAGCCCGCCGCCGGCGCCGGCGCGCCAGGGCAGAGGCUUCCUCAGCCUGUGACGCCAUGACAUGCCAUGCCCGCCACCGAUAGUAGUACUACCUCCGUCCAUGAUGCGUGCGUGCGUGCUCCGGUAAAGUAGCAAGUCUUGUUGAUGCUGUCAGUAUUUUGUUCUUGGAUCGAUCGAUCUCGAUGAGAUGAUCAGGUAGAUGCCUCCUCGAUCAGAUGAUCAAACGGAUUGGGUUUUGUCUGUACUGUAAUAUAGGAAUUCUAUCUCUUUGCUGCUGCAACAUGUUUGUACCAGAGCAAGAUCACAUCCGAACAUGUAAAAUCAGUAGCUUAUGAAUGAAUUGAUCGUUGAAAACGCA